CGUGAGGCUCUGCGUCCCAUCCCCGGGGCGCAUGCGGGCGGGGCUUGUCGUCAUGACAACUCGGGAGCGUUCGUCCAAACAACCCUAAACUGCGGUGUUGCCGACUCUGGACGUGGUGCUUUCCUCAGUAUGUCUGGUGGUAAGAAAAAGAUCAGCAAAGCUGAACGAUUGAAGCGGCUACAAGAGGAAGAGGAGAGACGAGAAAAAGAGGAAGAGGAAGCCCGUCUAAAACAUGAAAAAGAAGAAAUGGAAAGACUUGAAAUACAACGAAUUGAGAAUGAAAAAUGGCAGCAACUUGAAGCAAAACAUCUAGAAAGGAGAAAUGAAGAACUUGAAGAACUUUAUUCCUUAGAGGGGUGUUUUCUUGAAGCAGAGAAACUGAAACGAGAAACUAGAUUGCUUUCUCAGUGGGAACACUACGUUCAAUGUGAUGGGAGCCCUGAUCCUUCAGUAUCCCAAGAAAUUAAUACUUUUGUUAGUUUGUGGAAAGAGGAAACAAAUGAGACUUUUGAGAAAGUGAUUGUGAAGAGUAAACUAGUGCUAAGAUUAAUUGAUAAAUUGAAAUUAACUUUACUGGAAACUACACUAUAUGACUUCCAAAGUAAAAAUACACAGUACCAAGGAUUGAUUCUAGAACUGCAGGAGCUCCUUCAUCUUAAGUUUAACAAAGCCACAGAAAUACUUCUCAGACAAGCUAGUACUUUAGCAGAUCUGGACAGUGGAAAUAUGGAGAAAAUCAUUCAGGAUGAGACCGUUACUCUACACAUGUGGGCAAACCUCAAGAAGAAUCCAAGGUACAGAAGUGUGAGAUUCUCUGAAACACAAACUGGAUUUGAAAUUCCAAGGAUAUUAGCAACAAGUGACAUUGCUCUACGACUCCUGCAUACUCAUUAUGAUCACGUCACACCACUAAACCCUGUUCCAACAUCAUUGCAAGAACAUACUUCCACAGUAUCUCCACGUGUCAAAGAGGGAAUUAAGAAUGUGGAUGCGGCAGUCAGUGAGGAGUUCCAAGAAGAGAGUAAACAAGAAAAUGAGUCUAACUCAGUUCAUGAGGAAGACAUAAAUGUGGAAGAACAAUGUGAUAUGGAAGUACAAACGAGUUCUAUCCAAGAAGAAUAUGAAACCACAGAAUGUGACCCGGAGAUGAAAUCAUUAAGUGAAAUGCUUUCAGCAGUUUAUCUAUGUCUUAUCACAGGGAUCUCAGCCAAGAACUCAAAGGCACAGUUGUUGCUGAUAGAGAAUGUUCCUGAAAAGCCAUAUUACUUUGAAGACAAUGAGGUUGAUUUAUACCAAUUCUCAACCCUGGGCGGAGUAUACCACUUGGAUAUUUUGGAGCUUCCUCCACAGUGUAAACCAAUGAAGGGCUGGAUGAUGGUGGAAAUACUCAAAGAAGGACUACAGAAAUAUACCUAUCCUCCAGAAACUACCGAAGAGUAUGACACAGAGAAUGCCUUCCCACCCAUAGAGGUCACUCUUGAGGUUCAGAAGAAUGUCAUCUUUUUCGAGGAUCCUAAGGUUGCAAGGUGGGAUGCUGAAGGUAAACAUUGGAAAACUGAUGGCAUCAGCAGUGUAUCUUACAAAUCUGAAGAAAGGCUUAUAACAUUCAGCCUGGAGACUUUUGGCCCUGUUACCCUGCUUCAAGAGACUCAUAUUAACAUGCCGUUCCAGUCGUGGGAACUAACACCACUUGAUGGAAGCAACGUACUGCUGAUGGUGACUACAGUGUUUACUGAGCUGCAAAUACAAAUUAAGGAAAACCUUUGCAUGUUAGCUUCAAUCAAACUAAAUGACAAAAAGCAUUCCUCUAUUUUAGAAGGGAAAUGGAUGACUCCCAUUUCUUUCAUUAUUGCUUUGAAAGAAGCUGGACUGAAUAUCUUUCCUUCUGGACACUCUCAUUUUUAUGUUGUCAUAAACCACAAGGUUCCUUUGGUAGAAAUGAAAGCUUACCGACAAAUGGCUCUGCUAAGCUCUGCUUUUGCAUUUAGUUGGAGCAGGUGGAAUAUGCUGUGUGAUUCUAAACAUGUUAUAAUUAAGGUGAGGGAACACCUUACUGAGGAAGAACCUAUUCAGAACCCCGACUGGGAUCUUUUAAUGUUCAGUGGUGAGAGAGCAGGAAGGCUCAGGAUUGACGAGUACAGUGAGGCGUUCUCUGAAGCCCUUAAGGAGGAUUCCGAGUUUCAUUCUACUUUGUAUCACAUGGUUAAGGAUUUUGCUUCUGAAGAAGCAAUGGAGAAAAUUAGGAAUUCCAACUGCCAGUUGAUCGACUCUGUAUGCCACAUGCUAUUCUCCACUAGAUUGCUCAGCUAUUCUUAAACUUUAUUCAGCAUGAAAAACCAAGCAACUUGGAGAAAAAUGAGGUAAUUCUUCAACAAAAUGUAAUGAUUAAAUAUACUUCAAAUAGGCUAUUAAAAUGAUCUAAUCAGCAUUUUAUACUCAUUUUUUAAAAAAGUAUGGUUUUAUUUUCCCUAUGAAGACUUGGUUUACUGAGACUUUCACUAUACAAGAUUUAGAUCUUUAUUUCAGUAAAUUUCAACA